GCUUCUGAACUAGACUAUUCAAAAUUUAAAAAUUAAUUAAUUUCAAAAUCUAGAUUUCUAGAUCUAUUCUAUAGACCUAGAAUUUAGAUCUCAAUCUGCAUCUAGAUCUAGAUCUACCUAAUUAAUACUAAUUAACCUAAGGCUGAAGUUUUUCCUUGGUAGACAGAAGAUCAUGAGUGACCAGCUUAACGUGUCUAGUCCACACAUCCCAGAAGAUGAUGAGUAUCUCUUUUGUGAUGAGUGCAAAAUUAAAUACAUAGGAGAUUGUACUGAACAUGGUCCUCUAAAUAUUAUAUCAGAUUCACAGGUUCCCCAAGACUGCAUCAAGGGCAAGGACAAAAAUUAUUGUAGGAAAACACUGCCCCCUGGGCUGGUCAUUAAAACAUCUGGCCUACAUUUUGCUGGACUUGGAGUUUUCACCACAAUAUUUAUUCCUGCUCGUACAAGGUUUGGACCUUAUGUUGGGAAGAAAGAGAAAAAUGAGCAGAUAGCUCAUGAUUCACGGUAUUGCUGGCAGAUCUUCAAAGAUGGAAGGCCAUCCCAUUUUAUUGAUGCCAGUGACAGAUCUGAUUCUAACUGGAUGAGAUUUGUAAACUGUGCACGCUGUGAGGAUGAGCAGUGUGUCACAGCAUACCAGCACCAGGGUGAGAUCUUCUACAGAACUAACAGGGACAUUACUGCUGGCACAGAAUUACUGGUGUCCUAUGGAGACAACCUGGGCAUUCAGGUAGAGAGUGUUGGUGUUAAAAGCAAGAACAGCUUAGCAAACAUGGUGAACAAUGACAGUGAUAUUGAUGCAUGCCAGUAUUACAGAUUGGAUUUUUCAAAACUUUCCAAUUCGAAUAGGGGUCUGGAUCUCAAUGAUAAAGACAGCCAACAUUCUUCCAUGACGACAUCUAACUUUCAUCAACGCCAUAGAAUUCAUACAGGAGAUAAGCCUUACAAGUGUGACAGGUGUAGUAAAUAUUUUGAAAAAAGCACCCAAUUAAAGAUUCACCAAAGAAUUCAUACAGGAGAAAAGCCUUACAAGUGUGAGAAAUGUGGUAACUGUUUUGCGCAGCUUGGUAACUUGAAGAUACACCAUAGAUAUCAUACAGGAGAGAAGACUUACAAGUGUGAUAUAUGUGGUAAAUGUUACAUACAGCGUGCUUGGUUAAAGCAACACCUUAAAGUACAUGCAACAGAAAAAACUUACAAGUGUGACUUAUGUGGUAAAUGUUUCAAACAUCUUCCUUAUUUAAAUGAGCACCUCAGAAUUCAUGCAGGAGAAAAGCCAAACAUGUGUAACAUAUGUAGUAAAUCGUUCGCACAUCCUUCUUAUUUAAAGGAACACCUUAGAAUUCAUACAGGAGAAAAGCUGUUCAAGUGUGACACUUGUGGUAGAUGUUUCACACAUCUUGUUGUUUUAAAAAGACACCAUAAUAUUCAUACACAGAAAAAAUCUUUCAAGUGUGACAUAUGUGGUAAAUGUUUAACAAGAAAGUACAUUUUAAAGGAACACCUUAAAAUUCAUACAGGGGAAAAGCCUUACAAAUGUGAUGUAUGUGGCAAAUGUUUUAUACAACAUGUUGUUCUAAAGGAACACCUUAGAAAUCAUACAGGAGAAAAGCCUUACAUGUGUGACAUAUGUGGUAAACGUUUCACAAAGCGUUUUUUAUUAAACAGUCACCUUAAAAUUCAUAUUCCAGAAAAGUCAUACAUGUGUGAUAUAUGUGGUAAAUGUUUCACACAGCGUUUUCAUUUAAAGAAACACCUUCAACUUCAUUCUGGAGUAAAGUCAUACAUGUGUGACAUAUGUGGUAAAUUUUUCAUACAGCCUUUGCAUUUAAAACAUCACCUUCAAGUUCAUACAGGAGAAAAGCCUUACAGGUGUGACAUAUGUUGUAGAAGUUUCACCCAUCUAGCUUAUUUAAAGCAACACCUUCAAGUUCAUACAGGAGAAAAGUCAUACAUGUGUGAUAUAUGUGGUAAAUGUUUCAUCAAAUUAGCUUAUUUAAAGGAACACCUUAAAAUUCAUACAGGAGAAAAAACGUACAGGUGUGACAUAUGUGGUAAAUGUUUCACAAUGCCUGUGUAUUUAAAGGUACACCUUAGAACUCAUACAGGAGAAAAACCUUUCAUGUGUCACAUAUGUGGUAAAUGUUUCACAUAUGGUGGUGGUUUAAAGAGACACCAUAGAAAGCAUACACAAGAAAAGCCAUACAAGUACAAGUGUGAAUUAUGUGGUAAAUGUUUAAUAAGUCCUUCCCAUUUAAAAGUCCACUAUAGAAUUCACACUGGAGAGAAGCCUUAUAAGUGUAACAUAUGUGGUAAAUGUUUCAUGCAGCUUUCAGUUUUAAAAAUGCACCUCAGAAUUCAUACUGGAGAAAAGUCAUUCAUGUGUGACAAAUGUGGUAAAUGUUUGGCACACCCUACGUCUUUACGUAAUCACCUUAUAAUUCAUACAAAAGAGAAGUUUUUCAAGUGUGACAUAUGUGGAAAAUGUUUUAAAAGAAACGACCAUUUACUGGAGCACCAUAAAGUUCAUACUAGACUAAAGCCUUACAAGUGUGACAAAUGUGACAUAUCCUUUGCAAAGCUUAGUGAUUUAAAACGACACAAAAAAAUUCUUACAGGAGAAACACCUUACAAGUGUGACGCAUGUGGAAAACGUUUCACAUCACUUGCUUGUUUAAAGAUACACCGUAGACUGCAUAUACAAGAAACACCUUGCAAGUGUGACAUAUGUGGGAAAUGUUACACACAGCUUGCUGAACUGAAGAUUCACCUUAGAGGUCAUACUGGAGAAAAGCGUUACAACUGUGACUCAUGUGGUAAAUUUUUCAGAGCUCUUUCUUAUUUAACGAAACACCAAAGAGUUCAUACAGGAGAAAAGCCUUACCAGUGUUUCAAAUGUGGUAAGUGUUUCACACAGACCUCAAACUUACAGAGGCACCAUAAAAUUCAUACAGAUGAGUAUUGAGUGCAAGCAGUGUUUCUGCACCCUCAAAAUACUCCAAGUAUAACAGAACCCACAAAUUAAAUAUAUCUCUGAACAUCUGUUUGAACAAAACAUGGCUUGUUUUAUCUGUUAUGAUAUCCACAGUCAGUUGAUGACCAUCAUGACCCUUGCUUUGU